AUGAGUGCGUUAUCGUCAAUCAUCGGUGUGACGAGAAGUGCGGGAAGAUCUCUGGUGUUGCCGGAACGCAGCAUUGCCACGACUGCCGCGUUGGAGCACAUCAUUAAAUUGACGCGGUUGCGAGUAGUGGACAACAGCGACUUGGGGAAACAGGCCAUGCUGGAAGGAAAACCCCCGAAAGUCAUUCACGUGUACAACAAGCGUGGUGUCGGGCACAUAGGGGACAAGGUUCUUGUGGCCAUCAAAGGUCUGAAGAAAAAGGCGAUCAUCGUGGGUUGCAAAGGACAGUGGGUUAAAUCGCACGUGCCCCGGUUUGACACCAACAAUUGCGUUCUCGUCAACGACGACAUGUCUCCUUUGGGGAACCGGAUUCUCGUUCCGAUCCCACAUUCGUUACGUAAUCGCGGGGAUUACGCCAAGUUAAUAGCAAUUGGCACGAGUUUUGUUUGAGUGCCUUGUUUUUGAUUUGGUACGGUAGUUGAAGGAGUCGAAAUCCGCCUGUUCUUUUAUAAUGUGAUCGAGUGCAAUGAAAUACAUCGUUGCUGUUUCAAGCUGCGUGCAUGAA